AAUUAAAAUAUCAAGUGUUGUGUUUUUAAUUUUAACUAAUUUUUAAGACGCAAAGCACGACUCUUAUAAGAGCGCUUAACCAUGGAUGAAAAAAUGGCAACAACAGAACAACAACAGAAAUUAACUUUAGAGUUAUUAACUAAAGAGGAAAUUAUAAAUAAAUAUAAAAGUUUAUUAAUUAUAGCGAAGAAAGCUAAGCAGGCUAAAGAUGAAUCAUCUGAAGAAAAUCGUAAAUUAAAGGAAUUAUUGCAACAACAUGAAACCCAAAAGGAGGCCGAUAAGAAAUCUUUAUUGACCAUGAAAGAAAUGGUAGAGUCUUAUACAGAAAACAAACUUCAAUUAACGAAUCAAGUAUCAGAACUUCAAAAACAGCGUAGAAUGGAUGUGGAAGCGUUGGAAAAACUAUCUAUCGAGAAUGAGUGCGUUAAACGUCAAUUGCAGCGUUUAAGCGGCGAUAAUGAUUCACUUUUAGCGGAUUUACAGCGAAUGGAACAACACAUGCAACAAAUAAAUGUUCUGGGUCAUGAACAGAAACAACAUUUAGAAUUGCUAGAAGAUGAAGUGGGCAUACUGCAGCAAGCCAAAUCUAGAAAUGAGAUUCUGCAGCAGGAAAACGUAGAAAUCAGUAAAUCAUUGCAAGAACUGAAACAGUUAUAUGAACUUACGAAGGAAAACAAUAAUGAACAAAAGCAAAAAUUUAAAAAUAUGAAAGAUCGGUUUAUUGAAGUGCUACGAAAAUUGAAAAAGUUAAAAGAAUGCAAAAGAGUCUUGUUGGAAACGCAACAUGAAUAUGCGGAUUCAGUGUCCCAGUGGCAAAAUGAAAUUAUCCAUGCUUCGCAGUUAUUGUGUAAAGAGUUUAACGUUUUGAAAUCGGAAAACGCAAAACUGUUACGAAUAUCAGGAAAAAGUCCCUGGGAAGGAGAUCAUUUAAUUCCGAUGAAAAAACUUAAUGCAUUAUUAGAGUUGAGUGAAACAGCUUGCCAAGAACACAAACAACUUCAGGAAGAGAACGUGCGCCUUUUGGGUCGGCAGGAAAUAUCCAUCGACGCACACUUAAGCGAACAUCAAAAACCAUUCGAGGCCAUUAAGCGAUCUGUUUUAAAAUUGGAAGAAAUAUCUCGAUUAGCAGAAAGGGUGCAGGAAGAUCAAACUUUACUAAAAUUAGAAAACGAUAGACUGCAAAGAUUAUUAAACAUAUCACAAAGUGAGAAUGGAAAUUAUGGAAGAAUUUUUAAAAAAUUAGAUGAAAUGCAGCAUUUAAGCGUAAAAGCUCAAGAAGAAUUUGAACUCAAGCAGUCGGAAUUACAAAUCUUAGAGGAAAAAUAUCAACAGGUAAUGGAAGGACAACAAAAGUUCCAAAGCGAGGAGAAAGACACCCAAGAAUUACUGGAAAAGUUAAAAAAUUUAAAAGAAGAUAAACUUAAUUUAAUUUGCAAACUGGACGAACUAGAAGCUGAAAAACAAUCUUUAGCGGAAAAUGUAUUAAAAUUGGAAAGAAGUUGUGCUCAUUUAAAUGGAAAAUUAUCCAGCACUCAGAAAUCGUUGGAAGAUUUGCGUUGUUCGUAUAAAAAGAAGGAAACGGAACACACGGAAUUGUUGAAUGAAAUGCGCGAAUUGAAUGAAGCGUUAAAAGCGAGAGGCGAUAUGAUUUCGCGUCAGCAAAAUGACUGCCAGCUAUUGCAGGUCGAUCUGAAGAAGAACUCUGAAAAAUUACAGCAAGUACAGGAGGCGCUAGCUUUUAAAGAAAAGGAACUCGAUGAUAAGCAGGCACAAUUAAAGGCAAUAAGGUCUGAAGUUGAAGAUGCUCGACAAAAAAUGGAAAGUUUAGAAAAUUGUUCAUCUCUUAAUGAGGAGAAAGUGCGUGUACUUAGAAAUGAAUUAGAAACUCUUAAAACUUAUACACAGACCAGUCCCCCGGAUCAAGAUAAUCAAAGCGAUCUUUUAUCUACAUCGAGUAUAUCGAAAGGCGAAGAGUUGCAGUGCUUUAAAGAGGAGCAAGAUUCUUUCGAAGAUAAAUAUCAAAAAGUCAGGAGCUUGGCGGCCAAAUUUAAAAAGAAACUGUUGGAACAAACUGCUUUAAAUCAAGACUUAGAAGAGGAGUUAGCUAAUUAUAAAUCGAAGCAAGCACAAAUGCAGCAAGACUUCAACCAUCAACAGCAUGUGAAACAAACGGAAAUGGAUAAUGUUCAGCAGCAAUUGUUAGAGGCGCAGAAACAGGUGGAUACUCUAAAGGUGGAGAAUCAAAAAUUGCGUUCGUCUCGAAAGCAGGCAAACGUUUUAAAUUUGGAAAUUGAGGCGGCCGAAAAGUCAUUGACAGAUGUCUCCGUUAAAUUGGCAGCACGCACUACCGAACUAAGCGAAAUGCAAGAUUUACUUAUUACUAAGGAAACCACAAUUAAGCAGUUGCGUCAAGAAAUACAUUUAUUAGAAUCCGCUAAGGAGUCCGAAAUUAACCAUUCCCAAGAAUUAAAAGAGCAAAUCGAUCAUUUGCAAAAAACUUUAAAAGACAUGGUUUAUGCCAAACAGCAGGCUCUCGAUGCAAGUAAAAGUCUAGAACACGAUGUUGAGAAUUUAAAAUUGGAAUUUGAAUCUGCCCGUAUGCAAUUGUCUGCAGCAGCCAGCCAACAUGAUAAAGCCUUGAAUGCCUUGUCCGCCGAAAAGGAAGAAUUAAUGCAUCAGUUCAGAGCUACGCAAGAAAUUCUGUUUAAUACCGAGCAACGUUUAAAAACGGCGGAGAGAGCUACCGAAGAUUUACGUGUCGAGUAUUUGGAUUAUAAAGUCAAGGCUCAGGCUGUCUUAAGAAAAAAUCAAACUCGCGAUAUUACUAAGGAAAAAGAAUUGGAGGAGGAGUUGUUAAUGUCGCGAACUACGGAACAUCAACUGAGAACGACUGUACAGACAUUGAAUACAAAAUUAGAAAUGUCCGAGAAACAGAAUGAGCUGCUUAAUGACGAUCAGGCUAGUUUGCAAAAGCGUUGCAAAGAGUUAAUGGAAAUUGUCGAGGAAUCGCGGGCCCAAAAUGAAUCUUUGGCCCAAGAAUUGCAACAGAAAGCCCAGCAGCAACAUGAGAUUCUAAAGCAGCAUCGUUUACAAAUAGAAACAGUGAAUGAGUGUCAUAAAGAACAAAUUCAGUCAUUGGUUAUCGCUCAUAAAAAACAAAUCGAGCAAUUGCAUAAGGAAAUGAAUGCUAAUCAACGAGUCACGCCGUCUAUAGGUGCUUCGAAAACCCAAGCUCCGCCGCCCUUGGCUGAUAUGUUGCAAGCGGGCGAGCAGAGCAAAAUUGAUUUCCUUCUUAUGGAGCGGGAAGACGCGGAAGGCUCUGAAGAGGCUUUAGCUACUCUCGCCGCUUCUCGUAAGAUUUCUAAUGCUUCCUCGAAUCAAAAACGGGGCCAACAUGAUUUCAUGCCAUUAGAUGAGCUUCUAAAUACACCCAUUAAUGCUAUUAACAGCGAAACUUUGCUUACAAAUAAUCAAAGGCAAAUUUCUGAAUCGGACAAUAAUCCAAUCGGUUUGUUGCAACUGGACUUGCAUGAUACUAAAGAACGCUUACAAAUGCAAGAGAGCCGAGUGCGUCACCUGACCGCCUUGUUGGCAGAAAAUGAGCAAGAUUUAGCGAAAUUCACACAAAUGAAUGAUAUACUUAAAGAAGAAUUGCGUCGCCAAGAACGUUGCAGCGAGAGGCAGCAACAUAUGCAUAAUUCAGAGUAUUUAAAAAAUGUUAUCAUGAAGUUUUUAACUCUUAACAAUAGCGAUGAAAGAAUCCGUUUAGUGCCAGUUUUAAAUACUAUUUUAAAAUUGAGUCGUACCGAAACGGAAAUGUUGAACUGUGUUGCUAAAGGGCAAAAAGUGGUCGCAGAUAGCAGUCACCGCAGUGGUUGGGGGAAUUUUCUACCCUCUUGGGGCGGUGCUGGCAACAUUAAUAAUAAUUAGAUUUUAAGGGAACUUCUUGUAUGGCCCAGGAAUUUAUUUGGAAAAAUUUAUUGCAAAAAAAUGUCAUAUUUCUUUAAAUAUUUGUCAACGAUAUUUUAAAUGGUUUUUUUUGUUUUUUUUCCCCUCUUAAUUACUCAAAUUGACUUAACAUACACACUUUAUUACACAAUCAUGAUCAAGACGUAUUAUGUAUAUAUAAUGUUUAGUUUUUAUGUAUAAAUUAUAAAAUUAAUGAUUGUUUUAGUUCUAUUAUCCAAUUACAGGGCCUUCUUUCGGCAAAAAUGUAACUAUUUGAAAGACUUAAAAGCAAUGUACAUAAGGACACGAAGGUCACAUUAUUGUAUUGUAAAUUUUUUGAAAAUUAUUAUAUUUUUUAAAAUUUCUCCGAGACAUCGGUCGGUUCUAAAAUGGUCCUUAUUGCGUUAACACUAUAACAAGUAUAAUAUGAAAUCUUCUAAAUUAAGAUAAUUAAUAAUCCAAA